AUGAUGUUACCAUGGAAACAAAUUGUUCUGCUAUCAAUCACUGGAUGCCUUGCAGCCUGUAUAGAGGAUGUCAUAUUUCAAGGGCCAAGAUGGAGGACAGAGCCAAGUGACCUCAUUUUACCGAUCAACUCCCCAGACCAGCAGGCUACCAUCACGUGCGAGGCAGAAGGCAGCACUCCUCCACAGUACAGAUGGUCACUAAACGGAACACUCAUUGAUCUGGGGAAUGACUACCGGCGUCACAUGUCUGGGGGCAACCUGAUCAUUAGCAACCUGGACAAGGACCAAGACAUCGGGAUGUACCAGUGCACGGCUUAUACCACGUGGGGGUCCAUCCUCAGCCGCAGAGCCAGCCUCCAAUUUGCAUAUCUCGAUAUCUUCAAAACCCAAACGGUGAGAAGUGCUGUUAAUGUCCGCGAGGGCCAAGGCGUGGUUCUGUUGUGUGGGCCGCCUGCUCAUUCUGGAGAGCUGACUUUCGCAUGGAUCUUCAAUGAAUAUCCAUACUUUGUCCAACAAGACAGUCGUCGGUUCAUCUCUCAAGAGACCGGGAGUCUGUAUAUCGCCAAAGUGGAACCCUCAGAUGUGGGCAACUACACCUGUGUGGUUAACAACAGCAUCACGAGGGAGAAGGUGCUCAGCUCUCCUACACCACUGGUCCUCAGAAGUGACGGAGUGAUGGGUGAAUAUGAACCCAAAAUAGAAGUUCAUUUCCCUGAUUCAGUUCCAGCUGCGAAGGAGUCAGUGGUGAAGCUGGAAUGCUUUGCUCUGGGAAACCCUGUACCAGAAAUAAGCUGGAGGAGAACCAGCGGGGUCCCUUUCCCCAGCAAAGUCAAAAUGAAGAAUUCAAACGCAGUCCUUGAAAUCCCCAAUUUCCAGCAGGAAGACGCUGGGACAUACGAAUGUAUGGCGGAGAAUCGGCGAGGCAAAAAUGCGGCGCGGGGUCGUAUUUCAUUCCACGCUAAACCUCACUGGCUUCAGACAAUGGCGGACACAGCUCUGUCCAUCGAGGAAAACCUGUUCUGGGAGUGUAAGGCCAACGGAAAGCCUAAACCGUCCUACAGCUGGUUGAAGAAUGGGGAGCAAUUGAUGGGCGAGGGCCGGAUACAAAUCGAAAACGGGGCCCUUUCUAUAGCUACGUUAAACCUGUCAGAUUCUGGGAUGUAUCAGUGUGUGGCUGAAAACAAACAUGGCAUUAUUUAUUCCAGUGCCCAACUAAUGGUGUUAGCUUCACCUCCCAGUUUCUCCAAAAGUCCGUUAAGGGCCUUGCUAAAAGCUCGUUCAGGCAGCGAAGUCACUCUUGAAUGCAAGCCUCAGGCCUCGCCCCCAGCAAUUAGCCUGUGGAAGAAAGGGAAUGAGAUCCUGCAGAGAACUGAACGGAUUACUCUGCUUCCCAAUGGAACUUUAAAGAUUGCCAAUGUAACCAAACGGGAUGCAGCCAGCUACACGUGUGUCGCUAAGAAUCGGUUUGGGACAGCAAGCACAACAGGAAGGCUGCUAAUCACUGAGCCCACCAGAAUCACCAUGAGGCCUACUAACAUGGAGAUUAUUGUUGGCGAAAGCAUCGUGUUGCCCUGCCAGAUUGCCUGCGAUCCAGCUCUGGAUGUCUCUUUCUCGUGGGCAUUCAACGGCCAGCUCAUCGACUUCCAGCGAGACAGCUAUCAUUUCGAGAGAGUGGGCGGGACUAUAUCAGGGGAUCUGAUGAUUCGUAACAUUCAGCUGAACCAUGGAGGGAAAUAUGUCUGUGUUAUUGACACGGAUGUGGAGAGCCUGUCCACCUCUGCCAUCCUGGUUGUCAAAGGUCCGCCAGGUCCUCCGGACAAAGUGGCAGUGGAGGAAAUCACAGAUAGUACAGCCCAGCUUUCUUGGACUCCUGGAAGAGACAACGGCAGCCCCAUCACAGGCUACAUCAUCCAGGGCCGGACUCCUUUUACAGUGGGCUGGCAGGUUGUUGACACAGUCCCUGAGGUGGUCAACGGUAACAUGCUCACUGCAACAGUGGUGGGUCUGAACGCCUGGGUGGAGUAUGAGUUCAGGGUGGUGGCCCGGAAUAGUGUGGGUCUGGGAGAGCCCAGUCCAGCAUCACCCAAGACCAGGACGGAGGAUGCCAUUCCUGAUACAGCUCCCACUGAUGUCGGAGGUGGAGGCGGCACAAAGUCUGAAUUAGUGAUAACAUGGGAGCCUGUCCCCGAGGAACUGCAGAAUGGAGAGGGCUUCGGCUACAUCAUCGCCUUCAGGCCGGUGGGCACGGUCACGUGGACUCGAGCGGUCAUCUCCACGCCCGGCUUGUCGCGUUACAUCUUCCGCAACGACACCAUCCCUCCCUUCUCGCCUUUUGACGUGAAAGUGGGGGCGUACAACAAUCGAGGGGAGGGGCCUUUCAGCUCUAUCGCCACUGUGUUCUCAGCCGAGGAAGUCCCCAGUGUGACUCCUAAGAGGGUUAGGGCUCGGAGUGUGUCUGCAGUGCAAAUUGAAGUGAUCUGGGAAGCUAUCCCCGCCAUCCCUGAAAGAGUGCUCGGAUAUGAGGUCGUGUACUGGGAAGACGACACCAAGCCUGACACUAUCGGCAAAGUGCGCAUAUCUGGAAACUACACGCUAGUUAACAUCACGGGGCUGAAAGCGUACACAGCAUACUACCUCUCUGUGGCGGCUUUCAAUACAGCUGGCCCCGGGCCGCAGUCAGCGCCCAUCAACACCACCACAAAGAAACCACCACCAGACCAGGCUCCACUCAACAUACAAUGGACCAUGAUUGGCUACACACUCACGCUGCACUGGGACCCAGUAGUAGCCAUGGAGACGGAGUCAAAGGUCACUGGAUAUUUGGUGCUGCUGAAGAGACACCGCUACAAUGACAUCAACACUAUCCUGACAGACAAAACCACCGUGGAGCUCAGCCUGUCCGCCAAUGACAACUACCUUAUUCAGAUCAAGGCCAUGAGCGAGGGCGGCGAAGGCGUGGGCAGUGAACCCAUCCACAUCCACAAAUUAAGCAUGGGAGCGCGGGGCUCAGGAGCGAGCCGUCCAAGCCCAUUGUACCUCUCAGCUAUCGUCAUCAGUGCGCUGCUCUGCUCCGUCUGGUGA